AAUAUUACUCCGUCAGACCCGCUCAGCCCUCUCUCUUUUCAGCUCUUUGUUACCUCUACCUCCUUUUUUUCUUAUCCGCAUCUCUCUCUAGGGUUUUGAUUUUUGAUUCUUCAAGGCUCUCGCAUAUUUCAAUUCUUCAGUACUUCGGUGGAAUGACUUCCGCUAGGAACAAUCACUCGCUUCCUCCUGCUCUUGUCUCGAAUUUGCAAGAUGUACUACUCAGAAGAAAGGCCGGGGAGGAAAACGGGGAUCCAUCGAAGGACGCAGAUGAAUCAGCGGAGUCCUGUACUUCCACUUCGGUUGAAGAUAGCACUGCCGAUGAUAAUAGCUCUAAACCGAUUGUUUUGGUCACAAAUGGUGACGGGAUUGAGUCCCCCGGCCUUGUUUAUCUAGUUGAAGCGUUAGUGGGUGAAGGCCUUUACAAUGUCAAUGUUUGUGCGCCGCAAUCGGAUAAAUCAGUGUCAGGUCAUUCUGUGACUCUGCAGGAAACAGUUACUGUGACUUCUACUGAACUUGGUGGCGCCACAGCAUAUGAAGUUUCAGGGACUCCUGUGGACUGUGUCUCUUUAGCACUAUCUGGCUCACUAUUUUCUUGGUCAAAGCCUCUGCUGGUUAUCAGUGGAAUUAACCGUGGAUCAAGCUGUGGACAUCACACGUUCUACUCUGGUGUUGUUGCUGGUGCUCGAGAGGCAUUAAUGUGUAAUGUACCAUCUUUGUCUAUUUCGCUGAACUGGAAGAAGGAUGAAAGCCAGGAGAGUGAUUUCAAGGAUGCUGUUUCCAUCUGUUUGCCUUUGAUAAAUGCCGCACUUAGAGACAUAGAGAAGGGACUCUUCCCGGAAAGUUGCUUGCUGAACAUAGAAAUUCCCACAUGUCCCUCGACAAACAAGGGUUUCAAGUUGACCAAGCAAAGUAUGUGGAGAUCUAUGCCUAGCUGGCACACUGUUUCAGCUAACCGUCAUCCUUCUGGUGGACAUUUCAUGUCUAAUCAACAAAGCCUUGGCAUCCAGCUAGCACAACUUAGCCGAGAUGCAUCUGCUGCCGGUGCAGCUCGUCGUUUGACAAAACAAAGACCUAAUGUAGAGAUUGAAUCAGUUGGGGCUGCAGGGAAGCUUGCUGCUGGUCGGCUGAAAAAAUAUUUCCGCUUAGAGUUUGUGGAUAAGGAGCAGGACGAUGCAGAUGAUGACUUGGAUUUCAGAGCGCUUGAAAAGGGAUUUGUUACAAUAACUCCUCUAUCACUUUCUCCCCAUAUCGAGUCCAAUACCAGAGCCGCUGCAUCAGAUUGGGUUUCCGCUGUGCUUCAUGGCGAUCAGUAAAAGGCUUCAUCAGAAUCAGCAGCAUAGUUGGUGUCGUGUACAUUUGCAGAAUUGAUUCUGUUGAUUAGUCAUCUAGUGAUUCAUGCUUUCUAUUUUUCAUUUUUUUCCCUCUGAUUUUCAUUUCAUUUUUUUCCCUUUAUUUAGGCCGGGUCUAAAUGGAUGACCCUGUGCUCCUUUUCUUUUGUUUUUUUUAAAAUUUAUGUUUAAUUUAUGGAUUUGCAUGUAGUGUUUGGUCUUGGGUUUCCAAAUGUUAAUGUUUCAUUUGGAACAAUUGGGCUUCUCUGUUAUUGUUGAAAUGAGUUUUCACUGAGAGUUUAGUGGAGUGUUUCAGACAGUGCUACUAGAUUCAUUAAUGAGUGUAAAUGAUUUGUUUGAAAUCUGAA